AAAAUUUUAACAGAUUCCGCAACAGGGCACAAGGAACUUUGUAGCAGGGGCAGCUGCCACGCGAAGUAUCUUCCAGCGUCAACUUUUUUGUGUGAGGUCUUCGACAUGCCUGACGACGACAUUUUGUGUAACAAAACUGCGGUAAAAGAGCACGGCGGAGCCAAAAUCGCUGCAGGCGACGCGCUGCCAGGAGGCCGAGUGAGCGGAACGCGUGUCGCAACGAGUUGUUAUAGAGGUGUUUGCUGGCAUAGAAAAUCAAAAAGGUGGCAAAGCGCUAUCAACAGUUCUGGGCGACAUGUGUAUCUUGGAUCGUUCGAUACGGAGGAAGAAGCGGCCCGAAUGUUUGACAAGGUGGCCAUCCGAAUUCGAGGCGCGAAAGCAAAGCUUAACUUCCCAUACAAGGAUUACGUCGGACCUGACGGAGAAUUUCUCACAGAUCCGAAACUGGAGCAGCUGGUGCACGCGGCAUAUAAGGCCCUUUUAGAGAAGCAGCAGCGCCACAGGGCGAUUGAAGAUGGCCACGCCGCUGGCUCCGGCGGCGGCGGCGGCAGCGGCGCCGGCGCCAAACGCCGGCGAUUGGGAUCCGCCGCUGCGGGCCUGGCAUCCGACGAUUCAGAGCCCGGCGACCUGAACUGCUCAGUCGGUCUGCCGCUCUCAGCUGUUCCUUGGAACGCUGGCCGCCUGGGCUGGGGUCCAGGUCCAGAACGGUGUGCUGGAGCCAACGUCGGCUACGACUUCGGCUGCAGUCCAGGAGGGGGAGGAGGUGACGGCUCUGACGCCGUCAUGCAUCCCAUGCAUGGCGCGAUGGGUCGUACGGGUCUCUGGGGCCCUGUUGCUGGCGUCGUCGCCCCAAGCGGCGGCCAUGGUCCAGCGGAGCCUCUGUCGCCGCCGUCGCCCACAGCACCGCCGGCGGCUGGGCAGUGUGACGCUGGGAUGGCGCCGCUGACGGCACAGCAGCCCGGCGAUCAGCGUGUUCCGUACCAUCAUCAUCAUCAGCUCCAGCAGCAGUUUCAGGAUCAACAUUUCGUGCCCAAGGAUGCGAUUGGCCUUACGCCUGGUCACUUCGGUGACCAUGGCUGCGGUGGGGGGUUGACGGCAACGGCGACGGCCGUGGCAGGGGCGUCGACAGGGCUGCCGUCGGCGGCAGUCCACAACCCCCCUACCCCCUAUGGUGGUACCCCGCGGCAUCGCGCUUACGCGGGCUUAUGCCUUGAUCUUGGGAGGCCGGAGAGUGGUCGUAUUGUCGUACUUCCCCGCGAAGCAGACUUUCCGGAGGCAGUAUCGGCGGCAGCGGGGAUCAGAACACACAGCGGGAGCUUUAUAUCCGUUGCCGAUGAUGUGUACGACAGCUUGUACGACGCCGAUAACACACUGUCACAUCCAAAGCGCACGUGCAUCAGCCGGCAAGCUGACGGCAGCGACAGCGGCGGCUUCUUGCGGUCGUACCCGCGACAGGUUGUUAACGAUACCGAAAUUGUAUUGUUUGGUGGUGGUGGUAGUGGUGGUGGUGGUGGUGGUGGUGCUACCGCGGUUUCUGCGGCGGGCGGAUCGCCGACGUCGGCGCUAGUGCGCGGGGGAAAAAGAAACGGAGUCGCGGCAGACGAUGGUGACGGCAGUGGGUACGGCAGAAACACCAGCGGCAGCUGCGACAGUACGGAUGACACUUUCCUGCCGCCGCCGGGGCUCCAACGGCGGCUCCCGCCGCCGUCGCUGCAUGCCGUACUACCUGGCGGCGGUGGCGGCAGCGGCGGCGGAGGUCAUAAUCGUGACGGUGGCGUUUGUUGCCCGGCGGGACCUAGGUACCCGUUGCACUACCCCGGCAGACCAGUUGUCGUCGUACAACGCGCCAACGACCCGCUGGCAUCAGGGGAAAUACGGCUCGGCGGCGGUGGCGGCGACGAUGAUGCCGGCGGCAGGGUCGACCGCAACGGCAACCACCACCCUGCACAGCGGCACUGGGAUAUGGGGGCGGCGGCAAUUUGGCGGCGUCACGGGGAGGCCGCCGCGUUGGCGUCUUCAUCCGCUGCCGCCGCCGCCGCCGGCGCCGCUGACGGAACCGCGGCAGCUGUCACGGCAUCGGCACCGACAGUCCUUUACGAAGUUGCGGAUGGAAUGGCUCUAACGCAGACGACGACGACACUGUACGGCAAAAGGUCACCAAUGCACGACCAGCGCCGUGCGACAAGUGUAUCCUGGUGGCAGUAUCAGCAGCAGUCGCAGCAGUAGCAGCACGCUUACCAUCGUUUCGCCUGGCUUAUCAAUGACAAAUGUAUAAUCACUGGUACGGCUGUUAGUACGGCAGUCGUUGCAUGCUGGAUUCAGCGGCAUGGCCAAAAAAAGGUAUUCCAGGAGCUCUGGUAUAAUGAAGAAUGUUGAGGCUUGGAUACGUCUCUUAUUCGGUUGGCCGUCCGGAGGUGGAUGGCGUGGCCUUUCUUGCGUUAUGGUGCGUUAUGACG